AGGUGAUUAACCCAGCAACUCCAGCUUGACACGCGUGUGCAUAAGCAGCUGCUGGUUUCUAGGAUUAGACGAACAUUUUCUAGGAAGUGUCAAACAAAUUAUCACUACGCUAGACGUGCCAGGCAUGGCGGAGGAACUUGGAAACAGGAGCUAUCUCUCUUGCAGAAAACUUCAUGAGACUAUGGAAGUCUUUAAAGUUGUAUUCGAGAAUUGUGGCUUCUGGACUCCAGACUGGCUAGCGUUUCGUAGGGUCAGCAAGGCAGCCCGUGAUCUUCAUGACCAGUUGGCGAGGAACGUUGGCUUCAGCACCAACGACUACCUGCGGGGGCCCUUUGAUCUUCAAUCGGUAUCUGCGAACGACAUUGCAGUUGCUGUUCGGGGAAUUCUUUCCAGGGGCUGCCGACCCACACGCCUGCACUUGGACAUGCCAAAGGCGCAAGACAAAUUACAACACGAAGAGAAACUGUUGAUCCUGUUGUCCAGCUGGGGAGAGGCUGCCUCAGUUACACACCUAUCGUUGUCGACCGGUUGGCCGCUCACUUCAGCUGUGGUGUCUGCCGUCGCCGGCCUCUCUCCGAACCUGAGGAGCAUACGACUGCUCUGCGGCUGCUCCACGUCAGACGGCACCUACCAGCCGGCACAGCCCGUGGACCUUGACGCGGCCGCAGCUGCUGCGGAAGAGCUGCUGCGGCUGCUUGGGCCCCGCCUCACUAAGCUGGAGUUCCGCAUGCUAGAUGGAUGUCGGUAUGUCUGGCCCACGCGGGCUUUCCGCGGCCUGUCGCACUGCACAGCGCUGCGGGAGCUGGCGCUGGCGUGCUUUGAGGACCUGCUGCCGUUCGAUGGCAUUCCUGCCGACCUGCUGCUCCUGCGUUCCAUCGCCUCCCUCUCCGGGCUCCAGUCGCUUGAGCUGGCCGACACCACCUUGCCCCUCGAACCCGCGGUCCCAUCUCCGACCCCUGUCGAGCGGCUAGUCAGCGCCCCCUCCCUGGAGUCGUACCUCAGUGGGCUGACGGCCCUCACCUGCCUCAAGCUGCAUCUGGGUCGCCUGCACCACUACCCUAACAAGGAGGAGUACGAUUAUGUUAUGGAUGAUGCAGACACCAGGAGCCUAGAUGAGCGGCUGGAGGAGCUUCAGCAGCUGGGAAUGCACGCGGAGGCUGCGGCUCUGCAGGUCGCGGCGGAAGCGGAGUCACGUGCGGUGGCUGCCGCGGUCCGCUGCAUGCCCAACCUGAAGGAGCUCCGGACGCCGGCAAUGCUCCACGCAGCCGACCUGCCGACGUUGACAACGCCGACGUGCCUUCGCUUCGGCUCCAUUGCAGCGCCUUCGCCGCUGCCGGCGGCCGACGACUUCAGAAUCGUGUUGCCGUCGCAGCUUCAGCGCUUUGAAACGCACGCGCCGCUGCCGGUUCGUGUCGCAGCUGCGUUGCAGGCGCCUCCUCGGGAUCCGGGUGAGGAGCCGUGCUUCCUGAUGGCAGGAGGGCGGCUGUGGGAGUUCGAAGCGACCUCCUGGGGUCUGGACUUCCAGCAAGGGGAUGUCAACGAUCAAGGGCGGUUGACGGCCGAGGCAGCGGCGGCGAUGCGGCGCGCCAUUGCUGCGAUGCGCGCCUUUCGGUUUCGUAAGCUGAAGCGCCACUGUAGUUCCGGUGCCGUGGAGCGCGGAGUGCUUGUGCGGGGACUAAGUGGGGUCUUUGUGGAGCCGCCGGUACCUGCGGACGGCGGAGAGGGCAGCCACUGCGCGGCAUGGCUCGGGGAGCUUGCGCCGCUGCGACUGGAGGGCCUGGCGCUGAAUGCUCUGGCCUUGGCGCCGCGUGAUAUGCUGGGGUUGGCCCGGUGCAUGGCGGAACUCACGG